AUGGGUAAACGUAAGAAGUCAAGCCGUCAACCCCAGCAGCCCAGAAAGAGAGAGCCUCUUCCAAGCACGUUCGCCUGUCUAUUUUGCAAUCACGAGAAUUCGAUUGUUGUGAAGUUGGACAAAAAGCUAGGACUAGGACAUUUGUCUUGCAAGGUCUGCGGACAACGGUUUCAGACGGGCAUCAACUACCUCUCUGCUGCCGUCGAUGUAUACUCUGAUUGGGUUGACGCCUGUGACGCAGUUGCCAAGGACACCGCGGAUAGAUACGAAGAAAGCGAUGCUAUCGCCACGCGUUCUAAUAACCGACCCUAUUCUCCAGGCGGUCAGGGUGUUGGUGUUGCAGAGCAGACUGGUCAAUUUGCCGAGGACUAA